CUGAUCCACUCGCAGUCAUAUAUCUAGUUUAUUAUCGAGUUAACAAACUGACUGGUCUAUAAAGUCAAUUUAUUUACGCAGUUUAAAAAAUAUUUAAAAUGAAAUUUACACUUUCUGUACGUUUAUAUAAUAGUUUACAGUGAUCAUAAUACAAUAAUCAUGUCCUACUUGAUAUCCAUAUUAAUUGCAAUUUGCAUUGUUAUUUUAUGCUAUAUUUAUCUUAAAUGGCGAUACUCUUAUUGGAAACGGGUAGGUUUAAAUUAUUUAGAACCAGAUUUCUUUUUCGGAAAUACCAAAGACUUACUAAGCAAAAAAAUAUCAGUUGGAGAUCAGUUCGCUAAGUUAUACCGUGAAUUGAAGAGAAAAGGAUGGAAACACGGUGGAGCUUUUUCGUUUUUUAGGCCAGUUUACAUCCCCGUAGAUUUGGAUCUGAUAAAAAACAUAAUGGUAAGCGAUUUUGAUCACUUCGUAAACCAUGGCGUUUAUUUCAAUGAAGAAAUUAAUCCUUUGUCGGGACAUUUGUUCAAUUUAGAAGACCAAAAAUGGAAAAGAAUGAGGAACAAAGUGACGCCAUCUUUUACUUCAAGCAAUCUAAAGAUGAUGUACCAAACCGUCUUUGAAUGUUCUGUGGGUCUAAAAGACCUACUAGCCGAGAAAGCGUUAAUCCAGGACGCUGUCGAUAUUAAAGAAGCCUUAUCUAGAUUCACCACUGACGUUAUAGGCACGGUGGCUUUCGGUUUAGAUUUUAAUUCUUUAAAACAGUCUGAUUCGAAAUUUAGAGAAAACGGUAAAAAAUUCUUCGACGACAACUGGAAACAACAGCUUCGACAAUUGAUCGUAUUUGUGAUUCACAGAGACUACUUGCGUGCUCUCAAAUUUCCAAUUUUUGACAAGGGAAUGGAGAAAUUUUUCAUGGAUGUGAUCAGAAGGACCAUAGAAUAUAGAGAAAAUAACAACGUCUUCAGAAAAGACUUUAUACAUAUGAUGUUGCAAUUAAAAAAUAGAGGUAAAAUUGCGGAUGAUGAGUUUAUCACAAAGCGCAAAGAUGAAGAAGUUGGCUCCGAUAUUAUAACAUUUAACGAGCUUGCAGCACAGUGUUUCUUGUUUUUUAUAGCUGGGUUUGAGACGUCUGCAACUACUAUGACUUUUGCUUUGCUGGAGAUGGCUCUUAAUCCAGACAUACAGGACAAGUUAAGGGAAGAAAUUAAAAUCGUUUUGAAAAACCAUAAUGGAGAACUCACCUUUGAUAAUAUCAAUGAGAUGAAGUAUCUGACUCAAGUAAUAUAUGAAACACUGAGAAAACAUCCACCAGCACCUGCGUUACCGCGAAUUUGCACCAAAACCUAUCAAGUUCCAAAUACGGAUAUAGUUCUAGAAAAGGACACAAAUGUCGUUAUACCAGUACUAGGUAUUCAACACGAUCCAGAUAUUUACCCAAAUCCUCAAAGGUUCGAUCCAGAGCGAUUUAGUGCUGAAAAUAUUGCGACAAGAAAGACGUGUGCUUUUAUGUCGUUUGGAGAGGGACCCAGAUAUUGUUUAGGCUCUAGAUUUGGCCUUCUAGAAACUAAGGUUGGAAUUAUAUCUGUGCUAGAUAAUUUUAAAGUGGAGCUACACAAAAAGACUAAAUUACCUAUAAAAUAUGUUACUAAUGCUUUUAUUUUGGCAGUAGAUGGUGGUGUCUGGUUGAAAAUAUCGAAAGUAAAUUAAAAAGUAGAGAAGAGUGUGUAAAAUUAUAUGUAUGGAAUAACAAUAAAUAAAGGCUUGUGUAGGAUGCCAG